UCCCAAGGCAACACCAGUGUCUCAUUUCGCCCUAGUGACACCUCAGUCCCGUCUCUCAGGUGAGUGGAAGGCGUGACGUCAUCCACCAGGUUAAGGAAGCUCACCCGGCUAUCGGUCUCCCACGGAGCCAUGCCACUGCAACCCCAGUGAGGAAGUAUCCAAACAUUUAUUGACGUUUGGAGUACUUGAGAAAAGGAAAAUCUUGGGCUAUGGAUAAACUCAAAUCAGUUUUGAGCGGCGAGGAAACGCGACGAGAUGACAGAACAAUCCUAGAGUCGGUCAACGAAGCGUCAACGCUCGGAUGGGGAACAAGAAUCAAAGGAUUCAUCGCCUGCUUUGUCAUUGGAGCAGCAUGUACUAUUUUUGGGGUGGCCGUGCUCUUUCUCCCCAGGAUUGGCCUCAUCCUCUUCAUCGUCUUUUACACGUUUGGGAACAUUUGUGCGCUGUGCAGCACCAUGUUCCUGAUGGGCCCCGUGAAGCAGCUGAAGAGGAUGUGUGACAAAACAAGAGCGCUGGCCACCACCAUCAUGAUAACUUGUCUUGUGUUGACGUUAUGUGCCGCUUUCUGGUGGAAGAACUUUGGUCUGGCUUUACUGUUUGUCAUCUUGCAAGUGCUGUCAUUCACCUGGUAUAGCCUUUCAUACAUCCCAUUUGUCAGGGACGCCAUAUUGAGGUUGGUGGCCAUGUGCAUGAAGUGAGGCAUACAUUUCUGCCAUGAUGACUCCGGCUGGAUGAAGACGUUUGUUGUUUUUUCAAAAGGGGCGGUCUCUCUCGCUUUUUUUUUUUAAUAAUUAUUUGAAAGUGCUGCAUGUUCAUCACAUAUAAUAUUUUAUUUUUGUGUCGUCUUAUUGCAGCUGUGUCCAUACUUUUUCUACUGAUGGCCACAUACUGAAAAAUCAAAGGGGCCACAUUUACAAUUUCUAAACCAACAUGUGUAGCUUUACAAAAAGGUUUGGUUUAAUUUUGUGUUACAAGGAGGUUUAUUACUUUUUUCCUGACUAAUAGUUUGUAUUUUAAAUAAUAAAUAGAUUUUAUGAAAAUAAGUCUAAAAUUAAAAUAAAGAUAAUCCCCAAUAUUUGUUGUUUUUUUAUUUAAAUGUUGUAUUUUAGAAUGUGGUCAGGGCCAAUAAAAAAACAUUGGUGGACCCUAGAUUUUGUUUGGGAUUUACUUUGUAGAUUUGUAUGUAUGUAUUUAUUUAUAAUACUGUAAUACAUGUAAGACACCACUAAAGA